AUGGCGAGCUUUCGAGACCUGUACAGCAACGAAAAGACCAAAGGUCUGGACUCUAACUUUGGUGUUGACUUUGUCAUCAACUACAAGAUUCCGCAAGAUGACCGAGCAAGUGCCGAAGCGAGCUUCGUCCAGCUCAUCGAAGCCCUGACCCAUGUCGGCCUGACCACCGAGGUCCGGAGAGGCGACAAGCAGUCCGUCCUCGUGUUCAUCAAGAUCGCCGACAAGUUCCUCAACGACCAAGUCUACCGAUCCCGACUGCAGGAUUGGCUUCAGGGCGCCCGGACCACGAGCUCCGACAAGGACCUUUCUCAGGCCCUCCGCGAUGAACCCGUCUCUGACGCCGAGCGCCUGCGUCUCAUAUACUUGCUGAUGGUGAAGCCCAAGAACGAGGGUGGCGCCGGCAUCACACCCCAGUCAGGCCGCUGGAAGCACGUCGACAGCAUCUUCCCCCUGCACAACCAUUCCUUCAAUAAGCAGUGGAUCAAGCGCGUGAGCACAAAGGGCCAGACCGACGAGGCCGACCUCGACGAAAUCCGCGACAAGUUCGGCGAGAGCGUCGCCUUCUACUUUGCCUUCAUGCACACCUACUUCAAGUUUCUCACCGUCCCCGCCGCCGCUGGCUUCGCCGCCUGGGUACUCCUCGGCCAGUUCUCGUGGCUCUACGCCCUCGUCAGCUGCCUGUGGUCCGUCGUCUUCUUUGAGUUUUGGAAGAAGAAGCAGGUCGACCUCGCGGUGCAGUGGGGCGUCCGCGGCGUCUCCAACAUCCAGCACCCCCGCCCGCAGUUCGAGUUCGAGCGUCAGGCUGAGGACCCCAUCACCGGAGAGCCCGUCAAGAUUUACUCGCCCAUCAAGCGCCUGCAGACCCAGCUGUUGCAGAUCCCCUUCGCGGCCGCCUGCAUAUUGGUGCUCGGGACCCUUAUCGUGACGUGCAACUCGCUCGAGAUCUUCAUCAACGAGGUAUACAACGGGCCGUUCCAGUCAUACCUGGCCUUCCUCCCGACCGUCAUCCUGGUUGUCAUGACGCCCACCUUCUCCACCGUGCUCACAAAGUUCGCGACAAGGCUCACUGACAUGGAGAACUACGAGACGAUCGAUGCGCACCACGCGGCCUUGGUCCAGAAGGAGUUCGUCCUGAACUUCCUGACCUCCUACAUGGCCUUGUUUUUCACCACCUUCGUCUACCUGCCCUUCGGCGACCGCCUCACCCCCUACCUUGACUUCUGGCGGUCAACUGCACAGAAGAUCACCCCAAAGGACGUAAAUUUCCAGACGCAGGAAUUCGUCAUCAACCCCGAGCGGAUUAGCAAGCAGAUGUUCUACUUCACCGUGACCGCCCAGGUUGUCAACUUCGCUACUGAGGUGAUUGUGCCUUACGUCAAGCGCCAGGUAUCUCAGGAAGUCAGGGAGGUGCAGUCCAAGAUCGCCAAGGAGGACGACGCCGCCAAGGUCCAGGACCACCCGGAAGAAGCUGCUUUCCUGGAACGGGUGAGAAAAGAAGCCCAGCUUGAAACCUACGACGUCACUGGCGACUACCGGGAGAUGGUUAUCCAAUUCGGCUACCUUUCGCUCUUCUCCGUGGCCUGGCCCCUGACGGCUUGCUGUUUUCUGGUCAACAACUGGGUCGAAAUGAGAUCCGAUGCGGUCAAGAUUGCCAUCAGCAGCAGGAGGCCCAUCCCCUGGCGCGCCGACUCGAUUGGCCCUUGGCUCGAUGCCCUUGGCUUCCUGUCCUGGCUCGGGAGCAUCACCAGCGCAUCGAUUGUCUUCCUUUGCAGCUCCAGCGGCAAGGGCAGUGGAGCGCGUGGCACCCCUGGCAGCAUUCAGGCGUGGGGUCUGCUCCUCAGCAUCCUCUUGGCCGAACACUUUUAUUUCGCAGCGCAGUUUGGUGCCCGCCUUGUCAUGAAGAAGCUGGACAGCCCCGGGUUGCAGAAGGAAAAGAAGGAGCGAUUCAUGAUGAAGAAGAGGCUCCUCGAAGAGAACUUGGGCCAGGGCGUCUCGGACCAAGCAGCCACUCCUGGUAUCGAGAAGACAGAGAUGAUCACGUUGAAGGCUUUGGAGGAGGAAGCUCGCAGACUGUCAACGCAAGGCCACGGAGGCCCCGAGGAAGCAUUCUGGCUGCGCCAGCGAGGCAUGAACGAGACCAUCCAGAUCGGUCGCAACUUGAUUUCUCAGCUACCUACCGUACCCAGCCGUCCUCGCGACAUUCUUGCCGCGAGCAACCACCAAUCGCAGGACCCUAUUCGGGAAUGUGCCAUGCGAUGGACUCAGACAAGUCCGCCUAGCACACUAUCCGAAGCAUAUGGUACACAGUCAAACACCAAGCUAGACAGCCCUAACUCGGAUCCAAGACGCUCCUCUAUCCGACUUCCUGUUCAGACCAUGUCGACUUUGUUCUUGCUCAUCUACACACCACCAGUCCGAUUUCGUCCAGAGACUAGCUGUCUCCCGGGCACCGCCAUCAACCGAAUCCGACCACACGAGCGCCGCCGCGCUGAACCGACAACCAUGGACGUCGUGGUCAACUUGGUAACCGGACCUUUCAAGGAAGUCGUCGAAAAGGGCACUGUUGCGCUAGAGAAUGCGGGCGACAACAAGGAGAUGCUCUCCGAGAGCCAGAAGCUGAUCAAGGGCGCCGAACGCAUCCUCAAGAUCAUCGAGCCGCUUUGCGCUCGGCACUUGGAGGAGUAUGGCGUGAACUUUACCAACGCGCUCAAAGAUGACAGUAGGAGCACCGACGGACCCAGGCUGCUGGAGGAUUUGACUGACUGUGGGGUAGACGAGAUCGCCGAGUACAGGUCGCAGAUGACUGACAUGCUGUGGGACUUUGACGAAGAAGUCGUCGAGGAGGAAACAUUUGACAAGGAAAAAUACGUUGAACUGCGGGAGCUGUGUAAAAGGGCAGGGCUUGGGACCGUAGAGAUUUUGAAAAGGAUGAAACUUGAGGCAGCACAGGAGCUGCCACUCGUCCCGGUCAUCGCGACGUCGCCUCCGGCCGUGACUGUCGCCUUGGACAGGGGCCUGGAAAAUGAAAAAAUCCCCGAGAAACAGCUCCAUGGCGAAGGGAAAGCUCUUCAGGCGAGCCCCAUGUUAGAGGAAGUAGAGGAGCCGUCGCCGCCGCCGCCACCACCGACGAACCCGUGGGAUCUCGGUGCAAGCCCAGCCAUUGAAUCGGGGUUGGAGGUAUCGAUGGACGAGCAUAUCGAGCGCCGGCCGCCCGUCUCUACCAUGAGCACCCCGGUCUCCGAGCCAGCUAGUCCGGUGGAGAUGAAAAGACUGUCUCACAGUUCCAGUCGGCGGCUGGACAUCCCUGUUGACCGUAUGCUACCCGAAGAAGAGCGCUAUCACCAAAUGAGUCCCCAUGAUAUCUCACGUUCCCCUAUUUCACCCACGGACAGAAACUCUCUCGUUGCGCGGGGUCGAGCGUCGUCCUCGACCGCCCUUGGCGUGGUGUCCGAAGACCAACAGGUACAGCCUGGAAAUGCGUUGUUGUCACACCGCUACUCUCAAGCAAGCUCAAUAUACUCUCAUCCCUCGAGGCAGCGUUCUCAGGAGUCGCUACAAAGCUCUGUCUUUGACGGCAGGAGGAAUGAUGGAUCUAACAGUCCAGCGAUGACGGAGCAUCGUAUCUCCUCGGCUUCUGGUCAUGACGCGCAGCCUGGCCAGAUUUCCCGGGGCCCUAUCGUGUCCCCAAACUUCCCGCCUGGUAUUCAUGACGGCAUCGAAAGGGUGCCGUUGGUUGUGAACGAUGGCGAAGGGCUGAUUCCCGUCGAGUCGGAGUCGUCAGCGAGUAUCAGUCCUCCAUCAAGGGUGUCGAGUAGACCGGCAGAUUGCAGGAUUGGUCUGAGCAGCUCCUUUUAUCUGUACAAGGGGUUCUGUGAGGGUGCGAAAGAGGUGGCUCGGGGGAGUCUUGGGAUCAAGAAGAUCACGAAGCCUGGAUUCGCCGGCGGCCACGACAUCGCCAGGUGCACCAGUUGUUCCUACGAGCUCGAUUUCAGACAAGUUGAGCUGGAUGUCAACAACACAGAAGAAGCAAAUUUCGUCUCGCGCAAGAUCGCCUUCCGUCCACGCUUCCUCCAAAAGAGCCAUGUCGCCACCAAACGCGGCGACGAGCUCCUCUACGGCUGCGUCUUCUGCGUCCAAGCACAGCGGACUCUCGAGGAGUGCGACGCCACCGUCUUCUUCAGCCAGAGGAAGCUCUUCGACCACUUAGCCCGGCACCCUCGCCCGUUACCGCAGGUGCCAGGCAUCAUUGCCAUCGAGGAGGCCGAGAUCCCGCCCAACCUGCGCAACAACUACGACCUGCAUUUCCGGGCGCCGCCGCAGGAGAGCCCCCUGGCAGGUAAGCAGACGGAGAUUGCGCAGCGACCCACGGCGACGGCGAAGCAGACGGUGAAGCGCAUGUACGGGAUGAGGCUGCUGUACGACAACACACCGGCGUUUGAGCUCGCGAACGGGGCGAGGAUCUCGGGGAUCGAGUUCCCGGAGAAAUAUAACGGGGAGUGGGUGAUGGGGUGGCACGAGGGGAACUUCGGGUCGGCGCCGCUGGACGUGUUGAAGCUGGAGCCGCCGCCCAAGAGCGAGGUCCGGAUGGACACGACGAGCAACAUCUCGGCUGUGGCGAGGUGGAGAUUUGCGCCGCGGGCGAAGGACGGCGGGGAUUGGUUGCGGUUCGACCGGGGAGAGAGGAUCACUAACAUCAGCUGGGCCUGGCAAGACCAUUGGUGCUGGUCUGGCACUAACGCCAAGGGCGUCUGGGGCAUCUUCCCGCAAACGCACGUGGACGGCAACACCAUGCGCGAGACAUCGGAUGGGUCGAGCGUGUCGAGCGGCGAGCGGCGGAGGCGUGCCGAGGGCUUCUUUGGGAGGCUCGCGAGUAACCGCAAGAUGUCGUCACAGAGGACGUCCAGCGUGGCCGAGGUCGUAGUCUCGUCGGGACCACGGCCGUCGCUGGCCGGUGCUCCAACUGUCGACUACGCUCCUGAACUAGAGGCUACAAUCGAUGUGCCACAGCCGCGGGCCGAUUAUAUCUGUGAAAAGGCCGCCAACUGCUCGGCGUUAUUCGUCGGGGACGUUACCGCGCGUACCGGUGCCGACGACGGUACGCAACCCGAAGGAUGGUGA